CGCCGGGAUAUUGGGAAUGUUCUGACAUUUGUGUCCGAAGAGAGUUCCUGUCACUCACUGAAGACAGAAAAGCACAACAGUAUAUUCAAGAUGUGCACCAGGAAUCCUGUAAUUGUCGUACAUGGAGGUUCUGGAAAAUACAAGGAGGAAUUUAAGGAAGUCUGUCUGCUGAGAGUGAAGGAGGCUGCUCUCCAGGGUUAUUGCCGGGUUCAGCAAGGAGGCAGUGCUCUGGACAUGGUGGAAGAGGCUUCAACAAUUUUAGAGAAUGACCCCCAUUUUAAUGCUGGUUGUGGAGCCGUGCUGAAUGAAUGUGGUGAAGUUGAGCUUGAUGCCAUUAUCAUGGAUGGGAAAAGCCUUGAUACAGGAGCAGUUGCCGGUGUCAGAAACAUAGCUAAUCCAACGAAGCUUGCUCGACUGGUUAUGGAAAAGACCAAUCAUGUGAUGCUGAGUGACCGAGGUGCGUCGCGAUUUGCUAAAGCAUUGGGUUUCCCGGAAGUGCCAAUGGAGUCUUUGAUUACAGAACGAUCAAGAGAACGAUGGAGACAAAACCUCCAAGCAGCUUCUACCCCACUGGAUUCACAGAUUGAUCAUGGGACAAUUGGUGCUGUUGCAUUAGACACUGAUGGGAAUGUGGCUUGUGCCACCUCUACUGGAGGACUCAGCAACACGUUGGUGGGUCGGAUUGGUGAUACUCCCUGCAUAGGAAGUGGAGGCUAUGCUGAUAACCUGAGUGGUGCAGUGUCUACCACAGGAAAAGGAGAGGCAAUUAUGAAGAUGACCCUGGCUAGAUUGAUUGUGUUUUACAUGGAACGAGGCAUGUCUCCAGCAGAGGCUGCUGAAACAAGCCUUCAAUGUCUGUGGACCAGAUUACAGAGUCAUGCUGGAGUAAUAGUCAUUGACAAUGCUGGGGAGUGGACAGCCAAGUUCACCACUGAAAAUAUGCCAUGGGCUGCAGUAACGGGUGGCAAGGUGUAUUAUGGCAUUGCUUUGGGAGAGAUCCGAACUUCUGCCAUUGAAGAUAUUUGCCAGUGAAGUUCCCAGAAGGAAGAAGUGACACCCAGAGCAGGAAGAUCCCUGGCUUGAUCCUUGAUCUGUGCUGAGUAAUCUGAUUACUAAGGACACCAUAAUUGGCUUCAAUGACCAUGAAUGAAUGACGAGUGGAAAUCAGUCAGGCUUGCCUCUUCAGAUCACAAUCCACUGAUGAUCUCAAUGCCCCUCGCUGUGUAUGAAUGUCAGUGAAGACAGUCCUUCCAUAAUUGUACAGCUUGGUGCCACGCACUGCUUAGGAUCACACAGGAACAGUGUUACUGGAAGGCAGCCGUUGUCCGUGGAGCAAGUCAGCAGCUUC